UCACUUCACUACCUUAUCUUCUUCAUCUCCCUCGGAACACAUUCGAAAACAGCAAGCAACACGGCGAUGGCGUCGCUUAUACUUGGAGCUCCUCCGCGAGUCACCGUCGCAAUAUCUUCUUCACGGUUAUCAUCUUCUCAAUCAGAAACCGCCGGUGUCUCUCUCUCUUGCUUCACUCAGCAAUUCUCUCUAUCCGCUUCCUCAUCCAGCUCAAUUCCACUGGUGUACUGUGGACGAGGUGACCGCAAAACAGCUAAAGGAAAGCGUUUCAAUCACUCUUUUGGGAAUGCGAGGCCACGAAACAAGAACAAAGGAAGAGGGCCGGAGAGAGUACCGGUUCCUCCAGCACCGCCGAGGAAAGAUAAGUUUGAGAACGACGAGAAGAUCAAAAUCGACAUCGACGAGUCUCUCUUCUCGAAUUAGAAAAAUGAGUCUCUUCACUUCUCAUCUCUCACUGUAAUUUUAAUUUGAUUUUGGUUCUGAUGCUGCGACUCUUUUGUUGUUAAAACAUCUCUUCCUUCAAUGAAAGUUUCUUUUUUCUU